ACAGUAGCUACAGCGGACCAGCGCACACGCGAACCUUCCCACUCCUUCACCCCGCCGCCCGCGGCGGGCGCUUUUUGGUCGCCUCUACGACAAACUCAAACUGUACAAAAUCAACUAUCCCGAAACAUCUCUAUUUGCCCAAAUUCCGUUCCCCCCAUUCAGCUCCCAUGCUCCGUUCUCCACCCUGUCUCUCCGCCACCUACCCAUGACCCUCUCCAGACUCAAACCGCUCCGCCGCCUCUCGCACCACCUUCACCGCCGCAGCCUUGCUUUAACCGCCGCCGCCGUCCGCCAAGACACCACCCACUGGACCCAAACCCCGUUGGUGAAGGUCACUCCUGCUGCUGAGUCGUUAUUCCAUAUCAGCGUCGACAUCUCCGAUUACCCCGAGCUCGCCACUUCUUAUACUAAAGCCGGCCAAUAUUUACAGCUUCGUCUCCACGAUCCCCGCACCAGACCAGCGUUCUUCGCCAUUGCGUCGCCUCCGUCAAUUACAGCCUCGGAAGGCGUUUUCGAAUUUUUGGUGAAGUCCAUCCCGGGCUCCACAGCCGAGCUCCUUUGCGGGCUACAGAAAGGUGAUGUUGUGGAAUUAAGUCCGGCCAUGGGAAAAGGUUUCGAUAUCGAUCGGAUCUCCCCGCCGGAGAAUUAUCAGACGGUUCUCAUUUUCGCCACGGGAUCCGGAAUCAGCCCAAUACGAUCUUUGAUUGAGGCAGGCUUCGGUGCUGAUCGGAGAUCUGAUGUCAGACUCUAUUAUGGUGCCAGAAACCUUCAUAGAAUGGCAUAUCAGGAGAGAUUUAAAGACUGGGAAUCUUCUGGUGUGAAUAUUGUGCCAGUGCUGUCUCAGCCAGAUGAUAGUUGGAUAGGGGAGCGAGGUUAUGUACAGGCAGCGUUUGCUAGAGCGAAAAGAACCUUCAGCCCUCGGUCUACUGGUGCAGUGCUCUGUGGGCAUAAGCAGAUGGCUGAGGAGGUCACUUCUGUUCUUGUAUCAGAUGGAGUGUCAAGUGAAAAGAUUUUGAAGAACUUUUAAGAACCAUAUGUUUGGAACGUUUAACCAUGUAUCAUUUUUUUUUUCUACAUCUUGUGCUAAGUAUUGAGGAUCAGCUUAAAUUACAGAAUAAAACCAUCUUGUCAGAAUAUGAGCAUACAUCCACUUGAAGCAGGCAUCCAGUUUAGAGGGUAGUCAUCACACUCAAGUUUGGUGUUUCAGCAUUGAGUAAAGGCAUUAGUCCUUAUCAGUGCAAGCAGGCAUCCUGUUUAGAGGCCUAACCACUGCACUUGAUUUUAGUAUUUUAUUAUUCAUAUUUUUCGAGGGUCACAGGUCAAGUAACCGACUAUUGGUCCUGUAUUUGCGAUAUCUUAAUUUAGAAAUACAUCUCACAGAGGAGAGUUUCCCCAUUUGUUUUUACAUACAAUGUCGCGUGUAAUCAUGGAUACUUACAUUUGUGCUUCUGCUGUUGGCAGCAGCUUUUUAUUCUGUGUCAA